AUGGCAUUCGGUUCGUUGGAGGUCGUUUUUGCAGCAGAGGGUUCUCCGAAGACUGGGAUAUACCGCGGGAAACUAAGUACAACUCGCCGGGUCCUUUUCGCGUUCAUCACGGUCAUGGUUCGCAAACUCAAAGUAACCAUAGGGCCAUCUCGCCUCUCAAAGAUACUAGAACACCUCCAUUCCUCACCAAGACUCUCAUUAUUUGGCCUUCGGGCAAUACGACUCUCAUACGCGUUUCGGAAUGACCAUUUUGGUGCCCGGCAUUUCGUGAAAGAGGACCUUCCUAGAAUACGACAUGCGAAUCCGUCGUUGAAGAUAGAGGUUGAGAAAGUGCUUAAAACAGCACAAGAGCAGUGGCGGCCUGAGAUGGAACUUCAAUUAGAGGAUGGAACACUGAAAACUAUUGAUAUGCACAAGAAAUGGUCGACGAAUAUUCUUAAGGAGCUCAUGGAAGUUGCAGGCGGUGAUCCAUGGCGGAAAUGGAAGAACAAAGCGCAAAGAGAAGGGCAUCCUCUCGUUCAAGGAGAGGAAAUCGAACGACCAACGCCUCUUCCUCCUACUGGAAUGCUCCCCCUUCCCAAUCUCAAAGUUUACCGUGAAACACAUCCUCCCGAAUCAAAGGAAAAGAAGGUUGAGAAGAAGAAGGAUCCCAGUAAAAGGAUCUCUUUGGACGCCUCAAAAAAGAAGGAAGCUCCUACAUCACAAGCUGAUUUGUCCAAUCUGACGACGAAAACGGGUGCGGCUGCUGUACUACCUUGAUAGUAUGGCUGAUUCAUUCUAUUAUGGUACUUCACAACUCAUGUAAUAACUUAACAACCGUGAUUACACGCUAUCAAAACAAGAGAAAAGGGUAUCACUUCGAACUGAGCAACCCAGCAAUCCAAAU